AUGAACGUCGCCAACCUUGUCUCGACAGAAUGGAGCGAACAGUCUCGCAACAACUCUCAACCUCAUCUCAGCCCAGCUCCAAGCCUAUCAGGCUCAGUGCGCAAAUAUGACGAAUACCACGAAAAACCAAGUCCUCUAACAGCAACCACAUCAUAUUUUUCUACAGUGAAUAGCAGCCAAAGGACAUCGCCUCAGUUACCACUAUCGCCUCCAGCAGACGAUCAGCGCAAAUGCUCACUGCCAUCGAUAUCGAGUCUUUUGGAAGGAAUGGAUAACGUGCCUGCAAGCAAACGUGCCCGCCAUGACUCAGGCGACUACAGCCGUGGCUUCUUGCCUCCAACACCGCCAAUGCGCCCCUGCUCCGGGUUCACAGAAGGCAGCUCGCCUGCCUCUCUUCCUUCUGGACGAUCACAUUCUGCUUCUAUAAGCAGCGCAGUUUCGCAUCCAUCACACCAACAGCGUACAUCUUUACCAUCUAUUUCUGCAUCUCUUCAAAAUACACCAAUCCACCCUUCAGAGCGUUUAUCCAUCUCCUCUCUCGCCUCUCACGACUCUUCCCGCCUUUCUCACGCCAUUCCCAGCCCUUCAUCUACCACAGCCUCGAUCACAACCACAGCGACUCCAUCAACGUCAUAUUAUUCUACAUCAGAAGAGAAAGCAUAUCCACGAUCACAUAGCACAUCCGCUCCAGUGACCCCAUCAACACUUGUCCCACCACCACCCGCCAUGCUCUCGCCUGUGAACCACCCAGGCUGGCAACACCACCACUACUUCCCACUUUCGACUACGACAUCAUACCCACAAAACCACGAGCGGUAUGUCUGCCGUACAUGCCACAAGGCAUUCUCUCGUCCAUCCAGUCUUCGAAUCCACUCGCAUAGCCACACUGGCGAGAAGCCAUUCCGAUGCACACAUGCAGGCUGCGGAAAGGCGUUCAGUGUGCGCAGCAAUAUGAAGCGCCACGAGCGCGGCUGUCAUAGCGGACGACCUAUGACGGCAACUGUUGUCUAA